AUGCCAACUGAUGAAUUUGUCUCGCUGAGUGACUGCCACCUCAAGCUUGCAGUGGCCCAACGCACACGCACAUUCCGUUUUAUCGGCCAGUCUCUGAGUCGGGUUGUGAUGCAUCUCGCCGCCCUGACUUACUUGAAGUAUCUCAUUACUGUCAUGGAAACAGCAGCAGAGCAAACGAGUACCCAGGGUGAGUCUUUAUCUACGCAGCUUCGUCAGGUAGGGCCUGUCAAAACCGUAUGGGGAACAUAUACUUGGACAACUAUUUAGAUUUAUGAUUUGGCCAAGAUAUUCAGAUUGGUUUCAUAAGAUACUAAGGGUAAACCUUGGUUAAAUCGUCUCUAAAGACUGUUUUUGCGUCGGUAAUCAGGAGAACGUCCACAAGUCCGGUACCACUAACUGUCCCGUCACUGGUGCAUCCGGUCCGUCGUUUAUCGGCAGUUAUGCCAGUGAAGUAAAUACCGGAAGAGUUUGAACAAUAGAGGACCGGGGCAUUAUGCCAGUCACAUUUUUUGUGGCCCGUCGAUAUGGCGGAUGUCAGACGGUACCUGGGCGAUACACUCCAUUUAACAGGUCUGUAGGGAGUUAAAAUAGUCCGAGUGGUUUUGGGAGGCGAAAGAAGGGGCUUAUGGUCCGUGAAAGUGGCCAAGGUUCUGCUCUCAAAGAAGUGUCAAUAAUGCAUAAUGGGUACGUAUCCAGCCAGAAACUCUCUUGCAGAUGUGCUGUGGUGCAAUUGGGAAGGUGAUAUCUUUUGGGAAAAGGAAGCCAGAGGCAACAAGCUGUUGCUUAAGGAUCGCAUCGAUUUCAGUUAUGGAAGCACCGGCCACGAGGGAGAUAGAUGCAUCGAGAGCAGGGCGCUUUAAGAGAGGCGUCCAACAAGACGACCUUGGCCCGGUGGGGGACAGUAAGGGCAUCUCCAAAGAGCUAAAAAGGAUCUCUGGAGCCGUAGAAGAGAUUCCUGGGCGACAGAAUGCUGUCUGCACAGUGUGGAAAUUACGGGCGGUAGGAGUUCACCAUGCGCAGGAACCGUGGCAUUGGAGACGGGGAUUGAUAACCGCAACCUUUGGAGGCAGGGUAGAUAUCGGCCUGUUCGAUCAGGUGUUCGAGAGGUUCGAGGGAGGAAGCGCCGGAGAUAUACUUAGAGGGCUGUAGAUAACGCCAAAUUGUUUAAGGUGGUCAAAACCCACUGCAAAGUGGUCCUUGUGCUCUUCGACGUUACUACCGGCCAUCGAGAAGUAACUAAUAUGGGCGUGGAGAAAAGGUAGGCCGUGAAAUAUCUUGUUCACAAACCUCCAUGAGGUUUUGGAUAUCACUUUGGGGACACAAGCUGGUAGAUUCAUUAUCCUUAUUCGCCGCUGUCCUUGCUGAUGAGUUCGGGUGCGUAAUCGAAAUGUUGGCCGAAUAGGCAUGUUCCAGCGCCGGACUUCUCAACUGCCUCCUGAAACUCGUAUUUUUGUGUGUCAGCAAUUCAUUUCAGAACUACGCACCCCAUUCGACCCGACGAUAGGAAUACUUUGGCCAUCGAGAGGUCUCUAUGUUUGCGUAGAUUCGGUUCCUACGCAGGUGGUGUGUUACCCGAAGGUGUUUCAUAAAAGCCCUGGUAAAUGCGGAGUGGACCAGUCAGACAGGAUUUCAUCGUGUCAGAAGAAUGAUCCAAGUGCGGCUUUAAGAUUGUCGGGUGAGGCUCCGCACGUGCCAUUAGAGGAUUCACCUACCUACGGAAAGCCAAAAGCUUGCUGGAGAAUGGCCAGUUGUUUGUCCGUGUGCAAUCAAUUCCUUAAAAUCUCUGACAGGAGGAUUACUGCAACGUUGUUAGUGGUGGUGGAAAAGUCAGACGAAAUAUCGCCGAGAGUAAAAAUUGUGCUGGCUCGAUCCUUUGGUCUUUCUAGGGUGUGCAAAGAGGACGUUCUCAUGCGGGCCAACUGAAAACUCAACGGUACUCCAACUUCUGCCUAUGUCGAGUAAUUUGCUGCAGACAGAGCCCGCGAGCUCUGCUCUCAUCACCAGUGUCGAUUAGCCUAAUAGCCUAGUCAUUAUCGCACCAAUAACCAACAUGAGCGUAAAAAUGCGACAAUUAAUGGCUCGGUUAAGGGCAAGCAAGCCACUGUCGUCCCAUUUCCGACCAUCUUCGAUGACUGCCUGAGCCGCUAAUUUCGGUACAUACAGUGCGUGACCGAUCUCAUGAAAUGUUGGCUGAAAUUCUGAAAUGCGCUUUCGAUUAGGAAGGAUUACUUGGUCGCGGUUGUAAUACUGCUUAUCUUGUGGCAUACUCUUAUAACAUUUCGGACUCGGCAGGAUGUCGGCUUUUCAAUGCACUUCUUCUCAAUCUCCUGUAGAAAACGCGCUCAGUAAAAAAUGACUACUUAAGUAGCAUGCCUUUUUUCCAUUGGUUUUCGAUGGUCUUGGAAAUUCAAAUAUAUUUCACAGAAACCACAAACAAAAAUAUGCUUUCUUUUAGUCAAUCAAUAGAGAAUCACGUCUUCUUUAUAUUUUAUACUUAAGGAAGGAGUAUAAUUAGGUUUUAAAAAAGUUUUCUGAUUGCCGAAAAACUUGGAGCCUGAUCAUUCGUUGCAUUAGCGCUUAGUGAUUAUACUCUACAAGGUGCAUGCGUUCCGCGUAAAGAAAAUCCCAUAUUUUUCCAUGUCAUUAAAUAGAUACCAUACAGGGUCCAUAAAAUUUUGCAAUGGAUGCGGACCAUGUUGUACAUUUCAUGAGGAGCAGUGGUAAACGGCCAGGUACGAUGCUAUGUGAAUGGACACUUCGCGGUCUUAACAAGUCUCAUAAUUAGAAACUUUUAAAACCUAAUUAUACUCCUUCCUUAAGUAUAAAAUAUAAAGAAGACGUGAUUCUCUAUUGAUUGACUAAAAGAAAGCAUAUUUUUGUUUGUGGUUUCUAUAAAAUAUAUUUGAAUUUCCAAGACCAUCGAAAAUCAAUGGGAAAAAUGCAUGCUACUUAAGUAGUCAUUUUUCACCGAGCAUGCUUUCUACAGGAGAUUGAAAAGAAGUGCAUUUAAAAGCCGACAUCCUGCCGAGUCCAAAAUGUUAUAAUUGUAUGCCUUAAGAUAAUCAGUAUCACAACCGCGACCAAGUAAUCCUUCCUAAUCGAAAGCGCAUUUCAGAAUUUAAGCCAACAUUUCAUGAGAUAGGUCACGCACUGUAUAUAGUGGCAUGACAGCUGCUUCCUGUAAAUAAUGCAACCCCUGUGCAUCCGUUAGCCUCAUCUGAUGCCGUCUCAGAUUAUGGGUUCAGGUGUGAGUCCGAAAAGUCGGGCAAUUAAAAUUCUUGUUCCGGCGACCAGGUCUUCUUCACAUUAUCGAGCGGAUAUUUCCUGAUAACCGACUACCAAGGAAUCCGGAGGGAAGUCUUGAAUCGGUGCGAGUAACAUCAUGUGAUUUUAAAAUUAAUAGCUGUCUUUAGCAUGCUGAUUGCCGAAAUAAGGGGCUUGCUGAAUUUUAGCAUUAGCAUCCCCGUCAUUCCAGAAACUAUGCGAAAUUAAAACAGGAUGUGAAAUUCAGAAGGAGAGGAAGGAGUAGGGGGUCGAUUACCAGAGAAGGGAAGGGAUAACAUGAUCAAAGUGUUUUUGACCUUGUUACCGACCUCAAAAAAACUAGCAAUUUUUUGCUACGACUACGUUCCCACCCGAGACACAAACAAUCAGUAAAGUCGACAUCAUCUUUGGCGGCUGACCAUUUGACUUCGUAGAGAAAAUCAGAAGGUCGGUUACUCUUUUAGUUGCUUAAUUUGCUCUUAUACAGAGUGCGCGAAAUCUUUCCCGCUAAAGUAGUUAAGUUUACGCUCCUAAAUGCGGGAGCUUAAUCAUUCUGUUUAUACUUCAAGAUGCGUGAUAGUGUUAUAAAAUAAGCCAGCUUUGAUGGGACCCCGACGGGUCUUUAAUAAAAAAAAAUUAUCUUUAAAAAAAAGAAACUGUUCGGAAGAUUAUUGUUUUCCACCCAUUUCCGAAUAUUAGAAUGGGCAAGAUCUUUGGCAUUUAUGGCCUGCCGAACUUGGUCUUAAUGCAUAGAAUCAGUUGCAGGUGAGAUGUCUGCAAUUACUUAGGGGAACUUGGACAAAAGCUCUCAACUCGGCUGCACAAAAGAUGGACCACCAACAAAAUGUGUAAAUUUUAAACCUCCGAUUGUUAAGCGAUUGCAUCUCGCCGCAAGGAUUGCCAGCCAAGGCAAGAUGCGAGCCGAGAGUUAAAUCCUGCAGACAUGAGUCUUGUGCGCAGAAUCUUGCGUCUUCAGCUGGACCAGGCGCGUCUGAUGGGGUGAGAUCAAAAUGCUCCCUUCCCAAAGCGCGGCCUACAGGCGCGCGACUUCCAUAACGUUGGCCGUUACCUAUUGUCCAUUCUCCUCUAACACAAGUCCUGAUGUCUGGGUGUGGUAGGUCGAAAACUCGAGGGUCCCCACUCCAAAAGUCAGGGCAGAGAGAGUUAGUAGACAAGCUUUGCUGAGGCCGGAGAGCGCACACGUGGCUCAGCCGGCGGUGACAGCAGGUCGUUCAGCCGGUCGGCUCCAGUCGUUUCAGAUCGUUAGCUCCAGCUCGAAGCGCGUGCGUGCGCCCAGGCUUUGGCUGCCUGAAACCAAUCUGCGGAAGGUGCAGUGUCGAUUAUUGCCGAGCUCUCACCACGCCGGCGGUAAGGCACGCACGACGAUAGCAAUUUAUCGACGUUGGGGGGUGGGAAGUGGGGGGCUGCGCUGGCGACCAUGGGAGCGGACUCCCAACGCUGAUUCCCGCGACCGGGAGCUCAAAAAAGGUGCACAUGUGCCCAUCGGAAUCUGACACAAUAAUUGAUCCUUGCUGCCACACGAGACAGCGCUUAAAAGGCCGAAUGACAGAGAGGCUGACCAACUAUUCUGUCUUAUAGUGACCUAACGGGUUGUGCUUAUUAUUAUUAAAAAAUGGAGGGAAAUCCAAUGGACGUAAAAUGCAUCUUUUUUCGCGAUUUCCACUAAUCUCUCAGAAUGUCGUCCUUAUCUCUAUUUUUUACUUAAACGACCUGAACGACUAUUUCGCUCAUAGUGGGACACCAAAAAGGAAUUCCGCUCGUUGACAGGCCACCUUUGAGGACUUGAAAGAAGGAAUGAAUGCAUGGGCAAGAGUAUGGUUUAUGGCCAGGGUUACUUACUGGGGGGAGUAAUUUUGCUAAAAGAAAAAAACUGGGGAUAUUUAUUUGUUGUAAAGAAGAUGAACAAAUGAUCUCUGAAAUAGUAGGUGUAUUAGUCUGAGCUUUCGGUCUCGUACAGGAGGCCAUGCUGGAGGAGGUAUCCAUGAAGUUUAGAGCUGGUAAACUGUAUGGCUACACACGUCACUGCGAGUUAUGGUGAAAAUAACGAAAUUCUACUAGUCAGUCCGAACUUCAUGUGACGAGGGGGACGAAUUAGCGGUUCUUGACAAACUGCGUUUUUGCCAGUUAGUGUUAUGUCCCCCCCCCCCCCAAACUUUCUUAUUACCUUCUGCACUUGCUAUUAUCGUUGCAAACUAUUACCGACAACGGCUGGGGAGACAGGAAUACACAUUUCUCGGAUGUAAGCGAAUAUGCGAAUCCCAGGUUCUUGUUGUAAAGAAGAUGAACACACGAUCUCUGGGAUAGAAGGUGUAUUAGUCUGACCUUUUGGUCUCGUACAGAAGGGCCACCGUCAGACUGUGAGAAUGCGGCACCGAAUGACCAGUUUUUGUAGUCAAGCUAUGAAGGGGGGAUAUGAGUGUAGAGGGUGGUAUUCGCGAUAAGCUGAUCCCACGCCGUCUCACGGCGGCGUGACUGCGUGCACCCUUGGCUGGAAAUUAGGUCUGGCCGCGGGAACGGAGCGCGUGAUAGCAGGGGGGUAUGUCAACGUGUCUGUUCACAGAGUUGGUGUCACACACCCAGGCCUUAACAGUUCUCGCCCUGUCUUAUUGCCGGCCCGCGCUACCAUCCGCGUGCUCGCGAACUUGAAUUCGUGGCCUUCCUCCAGGGUGUGACCGGCGACCUGAGAUAAGGGGUCGCCUCUCCGGCCCGCCCGUUUAGGCUCCGUUUUCGUAGGCUAAGUCGUCGUCCGGUCUGCCGUGUGUAGUGGCGAGGGCAGUCGCGAUAUGGGAUCUGAUAAACAACACCCGAUUGUUCUCCCACGUCUAAUCGGUCCUUCACUGGCAUGAUUUUGUUGUGCAUGGUCGCUGUCGGACGGCGAGCGAUGCCCACGCCGAGCUCUCCAGCGAUACGUUCCAUCGCUUCUGACACGUUAUUUAAUAUAUGGUAGAGGGUGCCAGAGUGUUGGCGGCUCUCCUCCGUUUGUUCGCCGUGGAUGCGUGCGGAGGCAGCGGCUGACGAAGCUGUUCGGGUAUCCAUUCCAUGCCAGUUGGUCCCGAAGAUGCCGUAGUUCUCGUGCUCGUCCCUCUGGUUCACUGCAGUGCGUUGUUACCCUUCGGAAGAGUGACCUAACACAGAUGCGCUUAUGCGCCAUUGGGUGGUUACUAUGGUAGUUGAGAACCUAAGACGUGUUAGUCGUCUUUCUAUAUACCGUGGUGCUGAGUUCGACGUUGGGUGUACGUGUGAUGAGAACGCCAAGGAAAGGCAGCUGUUCGGAAUGCUCUUCUUCCCUUGCUCUUUUUCCCUUGUGAACUGAAUGUCAGGGAAGAUGUCGUUAAGCAGGUCUUGAAAGUCGGUCGGUUUGCUCCUUUCAAUUAUAACGAACAUGUCGUCCACGUACCGGGCCAAAAUGUACGUGCCAGAGAAAGACCUAGAAAGGGCUCGCGGUGGCUGUUGCGUGAAGGUGGUCAAGAAGCUCUAACAUAGUCAUCGGGGUAAAAAUAUGACACUGCAAUACCUUUUUGACAGUGCCUGCAAACGGAUAUUAAAUUCAUUUAUUAUUAUCAUCAAAUAGCAAGAAAUAGUCUCCUCUUUAACUGGUGACCAUACGGUCGAUAAACAUUUGCGAUACCGCAAAGUUCUUAGAUGGUCAGCUCUUCUGUUCAACACAAAUGCUCCCCGAAGUAACAUCGUCCAUAAACCACAUCCUUGCCAAUACAUGCGGACCUGAAGAAGCAAAAAAGUCUAAUCAAGUUGGGUUAUCGUGACGGCAAGACCCCGUAGCCAGAAGUGGCGGUGUUCUGCCUGCAUUGGACGUCGACUCUGAUUUCAGAGGCAGCCGUCUGAGUGUCUGAAAUCCUAACAUUUGGUUUUGUCCUAUUAAGUAUUUUGAGUGUUUUUCUUUGGUGGAGAAGGAAAUGGUUCCGUCCAUUUGGAUUACUGCGCCUCAAGCAUGUAUAAGCAUUUCACCUCAGGAAACUGUGCCGCACUAGGAAUCAUGCAAUCGCGGCUCUAGAGCGGCCGGAGCAUGCGUUCAUGCAACCACUAGGACAACCAACCUCAGGCGCCUCCAAACUUGGCUUUUAUCCACUCAUGUCAGCAAAGUGACGCUGACUGACUCUCAAAUGACACAAAUUCGUGCCCACACCACACUGGUGGACGAGACGCGCGCGCGCGCGCAAACUCAAAGGCAGCCGCGAAUCGAAGGCUUUCACAACAACCGAGUUUCUGUGCGGAAUUCACUUCUAUUGGUGUCUUUCGGCUUUUUAUUUAAAACGGGAUUGGGUCGUGAUUAUUGUGCCGCUCUGAGCAGACUCACUGCUUAAACGCCACAAGAUUCAGUUGGCCAUAAGGGUGGAUAAAACCCGGGGGAGUUUUUAAAGCAUAAGACCAAAACACCGGCGAUCCGGAGUCUGUUUCGAGUGGUGUAUGCGCUUUUCCACCAUGAGCCCGGUUAAGUAAGGUUUAUUCUGAGUCUUCCAGUCACUGAACACUGAUCACUGCCGUUGCACGAAACGUCACAGUGGGCGGACAUGGGUCACUAUUUUGAAGAUACUCCUUCAAACGACGAAGCUUGACAUAAUAACUGUGAGCUCUUCUCACUGGAUUUGGACAGCAUUAAAUAAGUACUGAUUCGAGCAGCCACAUGCUACACGUUCCCAGCACCAUGAAUUAGCCCCGCGUGAUAUCGUCACCGCGCCUCCACGUCAAGCACUGCGGCCACAUGUGGAAUGCUUGCAGUAGCCAGUAAUGGUAAAGCUUGCUGGUUGUCCGUUUUCCACGGACUACAUACCGCCUCAAAGACUGCUUGAGAAUGAUGCUUAUCCGAGAGAGGCCUGUCAGCAGCUUCCUAACAUAUAGUGAAGCCUUUUUUCAAAGUCCAUUUUGAAUUUUGGGCUCUAGGUAUGCAGUGUGCACUGUUAGGAGCUGGGCAUUCAGCCUACAAUAUUUAGCAACCACCAGAUAGUUCGACCGUCGAUUUCGACUAUGUCCACCGUGUCCCCCACAGCGGCAGCGGUGGGAGCAGGGACGGUGACUUGCGCAGGGGUGUAUAGUGCCAGUAGACUUGCGCUGCAUCUACCUACACUCUCUCCUCCUCCCCCGCCUGAGACUGUGUCAAGACAGAGUCUAGAAGACCCGAGACGGAGGAGGCCGCCGGUGGAUGGCUCGGAUGGAUCCGCCCCUUGGCGCUCCACUCCGCACCCCCUCGUCCGCAUAACAAUGACCAGGAUUUUGACCGCCACAACAAUGGGGUGAUGGCAGUGGUCUCAGUUAAUCGGCGAAUGCCGACAACUGGGUCUGCAAGCGCAUCCCACAGAUGUUGGCAUUUGUUAUUGCGCACAGAUAACGCCAGCCAGGAUCCGAUGUGGCCCCCGUGUUGGUCCAGCGCAUCCUAAACGUGGCUCGUUUGGAGGGCACCUAGCAACCACCCACACGAAUACACACCGUCUUAUAUGCUAUCAGAGCACCUGUGAUAGGCUAAAAUAACACUGUAAAAUUCCUUUCAAUGAGCAGACGACGGGAAGACACCAAACGAUUGAGCCGAGGUCGCAGCCCAGAGGGCUAGAAGUCGUAACACCUGACUAGACUUUAAACUACAGUGUCACCGAAAGUCUCGGACACUACUGCUGCUACAACAAUCAACAAAAAGUUGAGCAAUUGAAAGAGAAGCAAGGAACAAAAAGGUAAAGACAACUGACUCGUGGAAUGAAGGGGAAGCGCAAACCUAUUCAGACGAGGCUUCUAACAGCCAAACCACAGGAACAGGCCGAUUUUUAGGGCUUCAGUGACGCUACUCAACUUGCUGGUGGCUGGAACCAACCUCCAUCAGUGUACCGAUUCCUCAAUCCGCAUCGGAACCAAAAUGAUUCAGGGCCACCCAAUUAUAUCGCAAGAGCUCUCGCCGGAAAACACCUGCAUCUUUUCCAACAUGCACUGACCGGCAGUCAAUCAACCUACGUAAGCUCGUGCACGCGUGUCUCCAGGCAGUCACAGCCGUCCACGCCCCACUUGUACAUGCCACCCAUCUGUUAAUGCAACACAAAUCACUAGACGCAGCACACCUCGGGUGGGACAGUUUACGUCACUAGACACGAGCAGUCUCGACAGUGCUCCGACAUAUAAAAGCAGUCGGCAUCUUGACCUCUCUCUCUCUCUCUCCGACAUGAUUUGACACCACUAGCCUGGCCUCGCCAGCACCUAAUGUUAUCGCAGACGGCAACUCCGUGUUCUGUAUACAAUAAACCCAUUAUUCCGGUGUAUUACGCCUUCUGUUGCUAGGGUGCCGGCAUGAAGAUAGUGGUAAGCGAUACACACCCGCCCGCCACUCGAACCUAUACAGAGCCAUCUGAAUGUCCAAUAAAACAAAUGUUCUAAAUCCAACUGGCUUGGCAGCUUUUUAAUUUCAUCAGAAAUUAAUCGCCAACUUGGAGUAAAUCAGUCUACUUGAGACUUAUAGGCUCGGACUGAAAUUUGAUAUGAAGAUAUAGACGGAAGUCCAUCAGCCACAGCGGAAUAACCGCGUAAUAUUCAUAAAUUGUCAAGGGGCGGCCAGUGGUAUAUACACAGGUUGUACGAUAUACCAUACUUAACUGCACAAAUACUGAAUAAAGGCCCAGCCGCGUUCCACUGAUAGUCUGCAGCUGCAUAACAUAGCUGAGAGGGAAUCGGCUCAUCACUAGGUCCCCAGCGUUUCGCGUGUGAAAGUCCCCGAGCAGCGGCAAGAUUUGAACCCUCAGCUGAAAUACCAAGAUUUAAAUAAAACAAAAUGCCCUACCUCUUGAGAUACUAAGUUCACAUUUGUUCACAUUUGGAUUUAAAUUACUCACCUGUUAUAACAAUGAAAUGCAACAGAAGAAAUUAUGGCGAUUCCUAUUCGAAUUCCAGAUAUCUGUAUGAGUAGGGACGAAAAUGAUUGAUUCGGUGCCGGAAUAGUUUGUUUAUUUGUCCAAGCUCUCAAACUCGCGUAGGAGUUCAUAGCCAGAGAUGGCGAUAGUCACAGAGCAAGUGACAGUUAAAGGGGAUAGUAGCCAAUUAAGGAUCAAUGAGGUGGGUCUGAAGGUGACCACGCAGAAAUCUGCACGCCGGAGCCAGAUCGGUAAAUCGAUUGACUGAGUUCGACUUCGCAGUCGCCAUGAAAGUCAUCCACGCCGAAAGCAACACAGGCCAAGAAUUUAUUGAAACCUGGGUUUUGGAUGAGAAAUCAAUCAGUGUACCGAUCAGGCUCCGGCGUACAGAUUUCUGAGCCGUCACCUUCAGAACUGUUUCAUUGAUCCUUAACUCCAAGUUCAGCGAAUAUUUCCGUGUUACAAUGGAAAAUUCAAUUUGGCAAACACGUUUUUUCGUUAACUCGUCAUCAGGCCAAAAAGGUUACAUAGAAGUUGAAAUUAUGCAAGGUUACAGGGCUUAUAGGUGAUUCAGGGGCUACUAACACCCAUCGUUCCCACGUCAAUCACCGUUCCCACGCCACUCGCAUGACGAGGCGUGCUAUGGCGUGGUCGGCGUGUCGUGGUCAUUGGGUCAAGGGACGAGGGGAAGGGGGGGACAUAGGCUGUGAGUAAUGUUUGUACGUCCGGUACGUUGUGCACGCACCACUGCCAUCAGGAGGUUGAGGAGACGUUGGGGUCGGCGUUUGCCGCGAAAGACAGAGCGCCUGUGUCGGAGUUCUCUGACAGCAUGGCACUGAAUUGGCUAGCCGUAUAGCCACUGCCUCGGCUGUAGCUAGUACCCGUUGGCGUAGGCCUUUGGAGAAGCUUGCUGGUGACCGAUAGACAAGCUGAAAGGCUUCUUUGGCAUCGACUCGGUGAUUCGUAUCGACAAUAUGUGCGAGGACAGAACUCGAGAUCCUUAACCGACUGCUAUCCCCUAUAACUGUCGCCAGUUCUGUUACUGUUGUCAUCCCCGACAAUGGACUCCUACACGAGUUUGGGAGCUCAGACAAAUAAAAAAAACUAGUUCGCCGCUGGAUCAGUCUGGUUUUUCCUUACACGGACGAAAUACUAGUUAAGCCGAAGGCUUGCUCUUUAUCUGUUGCAAAUUAAAAAAACUCUUGGUCGGGUGCGUGUGAUGUUCGUCGAAUGACCUGAUUGUAGAACAGAAACAGUUUAUCCUUUUUGUCUGCCCCGCCUCGCGUCCUUCCAGUCAGCUGUGAAGUCGAAAAACUCACCUAUUCACUAAUAGAUGUUUCAAAGAUUUCGUUAACCUUCAGUCUUUGCUAACGGCCCAACUGCAGUAGGAAACCUCGACACGCUACUCAUGCCGACCGCUCCUGUAAUGGCUGGGACCCCGAUCGUCGCCUAUUGAGUAUUGUCGUCAUGGCUAAAGUAACUGCGUGCAUUCAAGAGUAAGCCACUUGUAUUAUCAAUUUUCCGAACUUCCAACGGCAGCCCUAUUGAGCGGAUUGAACAUAGUUUACGCCGUGAAUUUGCGAGCACACACACGGUGGCCCCGCUAGUGUCUAACGUCUGCCGAGAUAGCGCCUUGACCGUUUUUGCAGAGUAAACUUUGCUCUUGCGUUUUUCCUUCCCUACUACAGUAGGUGACUUGACCCUGAUUAUGCAAUUACGUAUUCCACACAGUAAUGACCACCACAACUUCUACUGAGUAACCCUUCGAAUUAUAUUAUCCUUAAGCCGAACAGUCUCUCACCUUUCAUUUCCAAGAAAACAGCAUAUGGGCGUCGGGACUCACUCCUUUGGUAACUACUGUACCAGGGGCUCGUGAGGAGAAGGAAGAGGAGGAGGAGGAGGAGGAGGAGGAGGAGGAGCCAGGACAUUCGCUUGAGGAAGACACUGUGCAGUGCCUUAUAGAUGACCAGCCACCUUCUAUCGAUCUCGAACAUAUGAACAACGCCGAAGAGUAA